UUCUACGACUUUGAAAUUUAUUUAAGAUAAAUUCCGUAUGCCUUAAAAUAAUGUUAUUGUCUUACUGGAAAUAAAAACUGACAUGUUAAAUUUUUCUCAUACCAUCUUUCUCAGUGGUUUGCUAAUUUGCCUAAGGGAAAUUGAGAUGGUUUCCAUAAUCAAAAGAUUCCCUCUCAUUAACUCAUUAGAGAGCCAUCUGCUCUCAACACUUGACCACACCGUUUUAACAUCUCUGAACAAACAGACCAAGGCCUGCUUCAUUUGAGUAUCCUCAGGGACAUUACUACAAUGAACAUCGAUAUACUAUUAAAACCAAAAUCGUGUUGUUUCUGUUUGUCAUUGCGCACAGGAUGUUACAUGAUUGCGACAGUUUAUUUGCUUGUGAGCCUCUUGUUCUUUCUCGCAGAACUCACGUUUGCAGUUUUUAGGUUUUCACGUUCCUUAAACGAACAAAGUCUUGCUGUCAUUUUUGCUUAUGAUCUAAACCCGACCAUUUCUGCCUUAUUUUCUAUGUUCUAUAUAUAUGGCUUAUUCAAGCAAAACAAAACAUUUAUAUUUUAUGGGAUACCUCUCGUAUCGCUUUCUCUAUUUAUGGAUGUCUUUAGCAUACUAGUUAUCUUAAUUAAAUGGGCAGUUGGAUACAAGUAUGUAGGGUUCGUAUUUUUAUUGGAUUUGUCAAUAUAUACAGUUAUUGAAACAUUUUUUUUCAUCAUUGUCUUCAACUACUACAAUCAGUUUGUCAGGGUGAACAAACCUGCUGAGAGAUUGCCAAAUGUGGCAUCCACCAAUGAUUUUCAUGAAGUUGAAAAUCCAAAUUUUACUUUACAUUGAUUCACUUUUUAUUUAAUCGAACAAUGAAUUUUCUGAUGUAAAUAAGUUUACAUUUUAUGUACUGUGAUUGUAUAAAUAAAUGGUCAGACAAAUUUAUAAAAAAUAAUAAUACAAUACAAAAUUUAGUAAUACAAUAUAUUUUAUUUCAAUACUUUAAGAUUUAUAAUUAAUUAAAUUAUCGUCAUGAUAUUUUAGGCAUAAUUUUUUCAUGACACACAAUGGGCAGUUGGCCAUUAAGCCCUUUGGUAACAGGACUUACUUUAUAUACUUUAAUAAUAUUUUAGCCAUGAUCUCGGCCUCAUUUUAAAGAAACCAUGUUUUCCCUAGGCUUUGACUAAAAACUUGUAAUAUUUUGUAAAUGUAUUAUUCAGUGAUAAUUUUGUUUUUUAAAUGUAUCAUGCCUCUGACAAAUAUUUAAAAAGUUGUUAUGCCUGUUAUUUACAUAUUAAUGGAGUCUAUAUAUUGAUAUUUGCAUAUUACCUAGAAAAGAAUAUUCUGAUCGUAAGUAUUUUAGUUAUAUAACUAGUUGUUUUGUAAUUUAAAUAAUAAUUAUUUUUGUUAGGCUUUUGAUUGACUUUUUUUGAUGUGUUAUUUUAUUGGGCUUCUGAUAUCACAUACGUUGUACAAGUAUCGGGGAGGAAGCCAACAAGAAAAACCCAAAAAUUGUAACUUUAAGUUAUAGAUUGUAGUACUGAGGAAGGCAUUAAAUUGGCUAAAAUUGUUUAGUUUUUCUGUGCUGGCUUCCUCCCUGACACUCAUUUUUGGUCUACAAUAAUGGUUAUAAAAAUUAAUUAUUAAUGUAAAUUCUUUAACAAGUUUGAUGUUGCAUUAAUCUCUAUAGAUAAUAUAAAUAUUUUAUAGAUAUAAAAGUACUUAAAAAGACAGUAAAAUAAAAAAGCCUAAUUUACAGUUUAAUGGUGACUGACAAAAAAUUCGUAGAACAAAAUAUUUGUGAUAAUUCCGAAAGAAGGAUCUCUUAAAGAAUAACAUUAAACAUUAUGUAAAAAAAGAAACAUCGUUGCUAGAUUAUUUUGAUUUGCAUGAUGCUGAUGAUGCUACUAUACCAUGGCUUUAUACACAACUUUCUUUUAACAUUUCCCUUGGUUGUGAUGAAAAAGUAUAGGUCGGUUUCUGAAAGCAUCAAGAGAAUAUCCUGUACAUCUAUUGCAAACAGAAAUAAAAACAUGUUAAUAUUUUAGCUUAAAUUAUGCGUUCUGUGCUACCCAGCCAUCUAUUUAAGCCAGUUCAUGCUUGAGAAUACAAUUGCUGUAAAUAGAUGAAGACAUUCGGAUAUAUUUGUAGAAUGUAAAAACAUGCAAUAUGGAAGAUCGGAAAAAAAAGUUUGAAUUCUAAUUUAGCUUUAUUUUAUUUCCUUUUUUCUUCCUGAUUUCCAUUUAUGGUCAGUUUCUAUGGAUAAAUUUUGGCUUUACAUAUUUUUUAACGUAUAUAACCAUUUACCAUUAUUUUAAUUAUAAGGUGUAAUAAAAUAAAAAUGACUUUGAUUAUGGAAAAAGUGUUGAAACUUAGACUUUCAUAGGCUGAUGAGUGUUAAUAAACCUUUCAAAUAAAACUAUAAAAUAUUCAUAAAAAGGUUAUUUAAUAAAAAUUUUAAAUUGUUUUA